AUGACGUUCCCACCGACGGAAUCGUCCAAAGACGAGCAGCCAGUAGCAGCGAAGGAUGUGGCACACGAACCGAAACACCAGAGUCCAAUUCUACCGGCAGAAAGUCCGACGGCAGGACCCGACGAGGCUUGGUCCGUCCCGCUGGCGCCGUACGCGUUUCCCUAUUCGAUGUAUCAUCCGCCCGCGCUACUACCAAUGCAUCUUUCCGUUCCACCGAGUAGUACUCUGGGUUCCACCUAUCCGGAUCUCUCGGGUGUGCCGGACCCACAAUCGCUCAACGAUUGGCGGCACCGGCAGAAUCAUGGCGGAGUCGCCGCAGCGUUUCCGGAAAAGCUUCACAAAAUGCUCGCCUACUGCGCCAGGGAAAAGCUGCAAGACGUGGCGUCCUUUUAUCCGCACGGACGUGCCUUUGCGAUUCAUCAACCGCAUCGGUUCGUUACCGAAGUCAUGCCCCAGUUCUUUCGACAAUCCAAACUAACCAGCUUUCAACGACAACUCAAUCUAUACGGCUUUCAGCGAAUCCCACACGGACCAGAUCACGGCGGAUACUAUCACGAACACUUUCUUCGGGGUCGACCGGGAUUGGCGGCCGCUUUGAAGCGGGUUACGGUCAAGGGGAAAGCCAAGGCUGCCCUACAACUAGAACGCUUUCCCGAGUACGUUUAUCGACCACAACUGCCCUAG